AUGGCCGGAGCCAAAUUGUUCAUUGCGGAUGAGGACCUCAAGCCUUCGUCAGUAAAAUGGUCAAUUAAUCUAGCAGACCACGGCACUCGCGGUCUGAAGGCGGACGAACAGAAGUGGGUAUUACCCCAGACUGCCGAUGUUCGCCUUCCUAUUCCAGAUUCGGUUGGUUUGGGCCUGACGAAGGCUUGGGGUCUACACCCGCAAUGGACAGUUUGGCACGGGCAAUGGUCGUUUGGCGCGGCUGUAUCCACCGCUUUGACUACAUGCAUCCGCAUUCCGGAUCAGUUUGAGGAACGUAUCCCCUGCCUCACCUACAAGGUGUUUUAA